GGCUUCGGACCAUCCAGCUCUGCGCUAUAAAGAGAAGAAACUCAUUCAGACGUUCACACUCAAGCAGCAGCAGCAGACUGAAGCUGAAACAACUAACACUUGCUGAACUAAAUCUGAACCAUCUCAACCAUAAGAAUGCUUUGCGUGUACGUCUCCCUGCUGCUGGCUCUGAGCACAGUGGGGCUGGGCUCUCUGACGGACAGACAGACGGACUUCGGCCUGAAGGUCUUCUCCCAGCUGGCCCGGGACUCUGUGGAUCAGAACGUGGCCCUGUCCCCGUACGGCGUGGCCUCCGUCCUCGCCAUGGCUCAGACCGGCGCCGCUGGAAGCACCCGGAAGGCCCUGACCUCUGCCAUGGGCUUCUCUCUGCAAGAGCGAGGAAUGUCCCGGCAGCAGCGCCUCCUGCAGCGGGACCUGUCCAGUGAGGAGGGGGUGGACACUGCCAGCGGGGUCAUGGUGGAGAGGAAGAUGAGUCUGGAGAAGGGGUUCCGCCGGGCCCUCACCAAGGCCUUCCAGACCCACCCCAACCAGGUGGACUUCACCAAGCCAGAGCAGGCGGUCAACAUCAUCAACUCGUGGGUCUCAGACCACACCGGAGGUGAGAUCCCAGAGUUCCUGGCGCCUGGUUCUCUGAGUGACGAGACCCGCCUGGUCCUCCUGAAUGCCCUCCACUUCCAGGGCCUGUGGAAGGUCCCCUUUGACCCCAAACUGACCCAGGAGAGGAUGUUCCACUGUGCCAACGGCAGCAGCGUGCCCGUGCACAUGAUGGGACUCACCAACCGCUUCAACUAUGGCGAGUUUGUGACAACCGAUGGCGUUGACUAUGAUGUCAUUGAGGUCCCGUACGAGGGUGACUCCCUGAGCAUGCUGCUGGUGUCGCCCUUCGAGCCUGAAGUUCCUCUGAGCACGCUCAGUGCAGAUCUGAGCAGCCAGAGGAUGAAGCAGUGGAGAACAGAGCUGAGGAGUGUCAAGAGACAGCUCGCCAUGCCCAGGUUUACUCUGAACUCUGAGGUGGAUUUGAAGACUUGUCUGAUCAACAUGGGUCUGGGAGACAUGUUCAACCUGGCUACUGCUGACUUCUCACGCAUCACCACUGAUGAGAGGCUGUGUGUGUCGAAGGUUCUACAGAGAGUGAAGAUCGAGGUGAAUGAGCAAGGAACCAAAGGAGCAGCAGCAACAGCUGCUGUGAUGUUUUCCCGUAUGGCAGUGGAGGAGCUCACUCUGGACCGACCCUUCCUCUUCCUCAUCCAGCACAAACCAACAGGUGCUGUUCUGUUCAUGGGCCAGUUCAACCAGCCUUAACAACAUGAACCCACUCUGAAGACCCGCCUUCAUUCCACUGCGUCUGACUACUGCUGCUCACACUCCACAUGACGACCAUACACACACCACACCUACUGUACACAGUUUAUAUGACUUAUUACGACUCAAUAGACUUAUUCACUGACACCUUUAUUUAUAAGAUACUUAAUACAAGAAGACUGGGGAAAAUGGAUACACGCAUGUAUUACAACAGAAAUUGGAAGCAUUACUGACUGGGAGUUUAUUUGUUUGUUGUUAUUUAUUUCUCUAAAU